CUUAUUAUUACCCAUUCUCAUCAUCAUCAUAUAUUAUAUUACUCUCUUUUUCCUUCAACUUUUGUGUGUCCUAGAAAAAAAAAAAAAAUACCACUUUUGUUUAUCUAUAUCUAUGGCGCCGAAACAUAACGGUGGCGGCGGUGGUGGUGGUUGUGGUGGUAGUGUUGCUGUUGGUGUUAAAAUGACAUCCGCCGUUGGAGGAAUCUCCAACGGCGGUGGCGGAGUUAAUGUCAAGGAAGCGCAUUUCCGCGGUGUUCGAAAGCGUCCGUGGGGACGUUAUGCAGCUGAGAUCCGUGAUCCUACUAAAAAAUCACGGGUUUGGCUCGGGACUUUCGACACCGCGGAAGAAGCGGCGCGUGCUUAUGAUGAUGCUGCACGCGCCUUCCGCGGUGCGAAGGCUAAAACUAAUUUCCCUCUACCUAAUGAGAUCCAUACCAACAUCAGCGUCAACCACAACAACAUUAACAAUAAUAAUAAUAAUCGUAGUAGUCCUAGUCAGAGUAGUACCGUGGAAUCAUCAAGCCAUGAGAAACCGUCUCAUCUCUCACCGACAACAACAACCGCGGUGAUGGUUGAUUCUUUACCGUUAGAUCUUAACCUUGCCGGAAACUUUACCGGCAGUGUCCGGUUUCCUUUCGUUUCACCGGCGCCGGCGGUUGGUUUUCCGGCGCCGAUGAGUCAGUUCUUCUACUUUGACGCGGUUGCGCGCCAAAAUCAACAACAUCAGUUUAACAAAAUGAUGAUGAAUCAUGUAGUGAGUGAACGUCACGCGCCACCAAUGGCGCGUGAUGUUCAAAGUGAUUCGGAUUCAUCCUCCGUCGUGGAUUUAAAUCAAGAUCUUAAUAGCGUUCCAAGAGGUCUUGAGAUCGAUUUAAACGAACCUCCGCCGUUCGAUUUGGCUUGAUUAUUAUAUUAUAUAUUUUUUUUGUCUCCUCUUUUUAAUUUAAUUAAGAGGUGGUUUUAGGAUAUUAUGACGUCAAGAAGUUAACAAAAAAAAAAAAAAAGGAAGUUUUUAAUUUUUUUUUCGAAUUUCCUCGGUAUUAUUAUUAUUUUAGGGAAAAGAAAAAAAUGAGGGUGGAAUCGAUGCAGUUUCGGAUCACCGGAGUUUUCUGGGUUUAAAAUUUUUGUAUAGUUUUUUAAGAAAAUUUAAAAAUAGGUUUUACUUAGCUUAAGUAUAUUUUGUUAAGUUUAAAGAUCCCUUUUUUGCGACAGAGAGUAAGAGAAGAAAGAUUGUAAACUUAUGUAUGUCUUUCUAUUUUCGAUUCUUCUCUGUUGUUUGCUGAAAUCACUGAUGUAAUUUUCGUACUAUCUUUGAUAAGAUAAUGGAGUAUAAUAUAUUAUUUGAAUUA